UAUUAGCACAGACUAAACAUAAUUAUUGUAAAACUAAUGAAAGGAAGUGGUAGUUUGUGUUUUAAAUUAUUUAAAAGUAAUAUUAAUAAUUUUCCUAGUAGUUUUCCCUGUCGUAAAACGUAGAACUAACAUAUUUGUAGAGAUGAAGAUACUUAAGUAUUUCUAAGUUAUUUUUCUCUUUCUUUUGUAUUUAAAUCAAGUCCACGUAGUAUAUUAGAGCUUUUGUUACUCACUGUUUAGUACCCGGAGCUAAUGUAUUGGCCACGGCUAUGCUUGUGUGUGUCUGUGCAAAUGUCUUGGGCUUUCGCUCUUUUAUUUUCGAGUUUGUUGGUGUUGUUGUUGUUGUGGGCAGUAAAACCUUUUGCAAGUUUAGUUACAAGUACGAUAGUUCCCAUUUAGAUUUCAACUAUCUAAGCUUUGUGUUUAUCAUUUCCUCGUCUAAUGCAACCAGUGGGUGGGUGGGUGAGUGUGUGUGUGUGUGGAAAACAAGCUGUUACUAAAGAAAGAUAUUUAAAACAAUUGUCUAUCCCUCUCUCUCACCAGAGUCGCCCCCUUUCUCUUUUAUCCAACUCACACCCCCCUUUCUCUGCAGCUCUCUCUCUCUCUCUCUCUGUAGCUCACUUGGCUGCCAUUGCUCCACUUUCACACAGCUGUGAGAGCGAGAGAGCGUCUAACUGGAGAGAGAGAGAGAGCGAGCAAGCUGAUGACUAUUUGUCCAUGAGCGUAGGGACAAGGGUAUAAAGAAUUAACCCUUUUAAGUGAAAUUUUUUUCAUUGAAAUUUCCAAAUAGUCUCGUUUUAUUAUUUAUUUAUUCUGAAUUAAAAAUAACGGAACACACACUAUCCCUCUGGAAAAUCCCACCCACCACGUCCAUGCUCCCCUCGUUCCUCUUGUGGUUAGAAGCAACGUUUGUUGGCGCUUUUGUUUAGGUUUUUUGUUGUUGCGCCAGUUGUGUUGUGUCAGUCUGCGCUGGUUCCCACUGAGGUCUUGUCGUCGUCGUCCGUUUGCUCUGUGUCCAAACUCCGGCUGUUUGUACCGCUCCCGCUUCAGCUAGACGACAGCUCCCAGCUCCAAGUAUUUAUUCCACUCGCCCUGCUGGUCCAGAAAAUGUGCUGGCUCCAGCUCCAGCUCCAUCUGCAGUUCCAGUAAGAGAAAGGCCACCAGAUGCCGCCGCACAAGUGGACGGAUGAGUCGCGGGACGCCUCCUGCUAUUACCCGGACUCAACUGCCUCCCGUUUCCGGCGACCCUCGUCCUCGUCGAACUCCACGGGGUCCCAGGAAAGGUCCGAUGACGAGGCUGAUGACGAGCGGGAGGCGUUUUGCUCCGGCGAACGACCGCUGAUCCGUUCCCGCGGCGCAGGAGGUGCGGAGGACAACGAUGCCUGCUGUGGCUUCAAGACUCGUCACAUUUUCGGCUUCAUGGGCUUCCUGGGCUUUGCCGUCGUCUAUGCCAUGCGGGUCAAUCUCUCGGUGGCCAUUGUGGCAAUGGUCAAUCAAACCGCCAUUCCGCAUACCAACUCCUCCGUUGUGGAUUCGGAUACGUGUCCCAUGCCAGAACCAAAUCGCAAUGACAGCAACAUCAAUCCGCAGAAGGAGGGCGAAUUUGUAUGGGAUGAGGCCACGCAGGGCUUGGUCCUUGGCAGCUUCUUCUAUGGCUAUGUGCUCACCCAAGUGCCCGGCGGCCGGAUGGCGGAGCUGUACGGCGGCAAGAAGAUCUAUGGCUAUGGUGUGCUAAUAACAGCGUUAUUCACACUCCUGACACCGCUGGCCGCACACUGGGAUCUGCCGCUGCUGGUGCUGGUCCGCAUCCUCGAAGGAAUGGGCGAAGGCGUCACCUAUCCAGCCAUGCACGCCAUGCUAGCCCACUGGAUACCGCCGCUGGAGAGGAACAAGUUUGCAGCUGUAGUAUAUGCUGGAUCCAACAUUGGCACUGUCAUCUCAAUGCCCCUGGCCGGUUGGCUUUGCUCCUUGGACUUUCUUGGCGGCUGGCCGUCGGCCUUCUAUAUCUUUGGACUGUUGGGCAUCUUGUGGUUCAUCUGCUGGAUGUAUCUGGUGUACGACAAACCGGCCGAUCAUCCCAGGAUCUCGUGUGCGGAAAGGGAAUACAUAGAGCGGAGUCUAAAGGUGUUUAGCGAGGCGAAUACACAUCUGGAGGACGAGCAAGAUGAGGAGGAGGAGGAGCAGGCCAUUCAGGCCGAGGUGGAAGUGCUUGCAGUUCCGGACAGAUCGAGGACACAGCGUCUACCUGUGGAGGAACCCAUACCCUGGCGUUCGCUGCUCACAUCCGUGCCCCUGUGGGCCAUCCUCCUGACGCAAUGCGGCCAGGGCUGGGCCUUCUACACGCAACUUACGGAGCUGCCCACCUACAUGAGCAACAUCCUCCACUUUGACAUCCAGUCGAACGCCCUGCUCAAUGCAGUUCCCUACCUGACCGCCUGGUUCGUGGGCAUCGCCUGCUCUGCCCUCGCCGACUGGAUGCUGGCCAGGCGCUAUAUCUCGCUCCUGAACUCGUACAAGCUGUGGAAUACGGUGGCCUCGGUGGUUCCAUCACUAGGCCUGAUCGGCAUCAUCUAUGUGGGCUGCGACUGGGUCUGGGUCACCUUCAUGCUUGCCGGCGUUGGAUCCUUCGGCGGUGCCGUAUAUGCUGGCAAUCAGAUGAAUCACAUAGCCCUUAGCCCGCGGUAUGCGGGCACAAUGUAUGGAAUCACCAAUUCAGCGGCGAAUAUCUGUGGCUUCCUGGCCCCCUAUGUCAUCGGUUUGAUCAUCAAUCAUCGCGAGACGCUGACCCAGUGGCAUGUAGUCUUCUGGCUGGCGGCCGGACUGAAUAUAGCGGGAAACUUUAUCUACCUGAUCUUUGCCAGCGCCGAGGAGCAGAGCUGGUCGAAGGCCCGGCGGCGCGGCAUUACACGACGAUCCUUGCACGCUUGAAGCGUCCAACUAUUUGCUAUGAUUUUUUUUUUUUCUUAGCCUAGAUCAUAAGCAUUUGUGAUAAUUCCGAUAUAUAUAGUAUAUAGCCUAAGGACUCAAAGUUGCUUCCGAAAUUGAGACCGAAACUAGUGCUACCAAAAAAGGAAAGGAACGAAAAUGUAACGAAAUUUGAUGUUAACUGUUUAGUGCUCGAUGUCGUUUUAUAUGGAGUUUUGUUUUGCUAGACGUCGUUUUUUUUAUACCAGUAUAUAUAUAUACCAACCCAGCAACUAUAUAGUAAAGAGUAUAUAUAUUUAUUUAUAUAUCGAAGAUGUAUAGGUACGUACACCCACAUAUUCAGCUUUAGAAGGACAUUAUACACAGCUAUACACAUACCAAGUGUUAGACCUAAGUAGAGCUAGUGAUAUAUCUGUAUACACAUACUAUAUACCUUGUAUUGAUACUUUGUAUAACUAUAAAUGUAUCCUAGUAUCCAAGUCUGUGACAAAUUAAUUUUUGUCGGAAUAAUAAACAAGCACAAACAUAUCAAAGAGAAGCAGAUAAUGA